AUGUCAUCGAUAGACAAACUCUCAUCAGCUCCACCAGAAUCACAAUUUGUGUUCAAAGUUUACCAGAAAAACUCCGGACCAGUACGCUAUUCACAAACACAUUUUCGCACAACAUUUGAUCAAGGUUGGGGUUUAGCUGAAACUUAUGUUGCAUUAAAUCGUUUUCAUCCUGAACCAAAUAAAAUUGGAGAUACAGCAUUAACAUUUACUGGAUAUAGUGACUGGAAGAAUGCUUCAGCUCGUUUUCAUAAACAUGAAUCUGGUAGAGUACAUUCUGAUUGUGUGUAUUUGUUGAGACAAGGUUUAGCUCUUCGAGGACAUGUGGAUGAUGACGGAAAUUUUACUCAAUUACUAAAACUACGUGAAGUUGUUGUUAAUGAUUUUUCUUCAUGGAUUAAAGAAGGAAAUUAUUUAUCACAUGACAUUUUACAUGAACUUUGUCAGAUUAUUUCGCUAUCAAUUGUUCGUGAACUAGUUCAAGAGAUGGAAACAAUUACCUUGAAGCCUGAUGGUGCUUUGAAACCAAUACCACCACCACAAGGAGUAUGGGAAACAUUAGCCAUGGACUUCCUCACAAUAACACCAACAUCAAAGACUGGGAACAAAUAUGUGAUUAUCAUUACUGACUUACUGUCAAAAUUUGUCAUUGCAAAACCAGCGCGUGAUGAAACAUCAAUUGCAAACAUCAAGCUGCACUGUCAAACGCAAAUCGAAGUGACUGGAAUGUACAAUUGUCAAAAACAGUUUCGGCAUAGAACAACACUCGUCAUGCAACAACAAAAAUUGGAGCCACAUGAAUAUGUUAAACAGCUUCAUCAAUAUAUUAGUCAAGCAAAACAAAUGGCUCAACAAAACAUUGAACAACAACAGCAGAGAGCAAAAAGCAGAUAUGAUCAAAACAGAAGAAAUCCAAGUUAUGAUAUUGGCGACUAUGUAUGCGUAGCAAGGAUUGGUAUGAGAUCAAAAUUAGCACCGAAGAAAGAUGGACCAUAUAGAAUUACUCAAAAACUUGGUCAGUUAUCCUAUAUGGUACAAGAUCCCAGGAAUUUGUCGGAUGUCAAACAGGUCCAUGUUCAACGACUCCGACCCUAUUAUCAACCACUAUAA